CUCUUUUUUCUUUUUUUAAAUACAAAGACAAUAGACUUCCAUGUCCUCGGAAGAAAAUGAAGUAGUCAUUAUUAUUGACUCUGAAGAUGAGGUAGAGAUUUCAGACAAAACUUCAAAAAAAAGGAUCACUCCUAAAUCUACUUCAUUAUGGUCAAAUGGCAAACAUGCUUCUUCAAAGAAACCGACAUCAGUUCAACCUAAACAAAAUUUUGCACAAGUUAACAAAGCAAGCCUAACUCAGCCAAAAAAAAACAACUCUAUACUAUCGCAACCUUCUACUGAAUCGCCAUCGCCACAUGCCAAGAACAAACAGCCCCUUAGACCAGUUUUUACAAAAAGCCCUACUAUGAUAUCAAACUGUAACUCACCACAUUCCAAGAAUACAAUUGAGAUAAUUGAGGAAGAAGAGGACGAGAUAGCCAGUAUUAUAGGCUCUUUACGUCCUAACAGAAGCAAAACUUCAGUCAAUAUUAACAAGCUUCUUCAAAAGAAAAACAGCAAACCAAUUUUUCAAAAUAAAACACCCAUCGCCACACGAACUCCUCCUAAACAUGAAGAUGCACGCCCUGUAAAUAUAAGCAAACCACCUGUCAUAAAGCGCCAAAUAGAACAAAUAAAUACACUACCACAAAUACUUAGUCCUGAGAGACCGGCAAUAAAAAAAAGAAUGGUUCAUUCACCAGCAUCAACUGAAAACUCAUUCUUUUCACUUCCUAAAAUCAAAAAAGCAAAAGAGUUUACAGACAUUCUCGAUGAAGAUAAUGAAGAAGACAUGGUAUCAUUCCUUGACUACAUUCAUGCUAGAAACAAGAUAUUUCAUCAACAAAAUGCAAGUUCAAGUCCUAAAAAGAAUAAUGCAGCAGAAAGGAUACAAUGUCCUAUCUGUAAAUUGUUUUAUAGUAAAGAAGAGAUUGAAGAGCAUGCCUCUGAUUGUGAUGGCCAGAAUAAAAAAAGCAGUAAGGGAAUAAAAAAAAAGACAAUUGGUGUUGCUGUAGCCAUGGAUGAAGCAGAUCGCAAAAAAAAAAAUCAAGGUAUAUCAGAGACUGGACCUACAAAUUAUUAUGCAGAUUCAGCAGGUGUUUUAGCCUUAGAUGGCUCAGGUUUUAGUAGUGAAGUAACUGGACUUAGUUGGGAAUCUACUGGGCAAACUCGGUUUGGAUAAUAAAGAAACUUUAUUGAGCAAACAUAUCAUCAACCUGUAUAUAGUUUGGCUCUUCUUCUAUAGACAUUUGAACCACAUCUUGUCCUCCUUCUUCUUCUAGUGGUUCACCGUCUACGUCUUCUUCUAAUGGUUCACCAUCUACGUCUUCCUCUUCCUC